AUGGUCGACCUCUUUAGCUCAAUCGUCGAUAUUGCGAAUACCUACAGAGACGUCCAAGGUGAUUCCGCAAAAGAGCUAAUCCGAAAAAACUAUAGAUUUUCAUAUAAUGACCUGGUGUCCUUGUACAAUGGCUUUUCUCAAGAAGUUGCUUUAAACCAAGGUGUUGAUUUAUGGAAACUAUAUUAAAUUAAUUAAUUUUAUUCCUUGAUGCCUAUUAAAUCAGAAUUUUCUAAAAAAAAAAGAAUUUGCUUUAUUGAGGCAAAAGAUGACUAGAGCUAAAAUAGUAUAUGAAGCGCUUGCUAUGCAUAUUCCAUUCUUCAGCUUCCAGUCACCACAGAAAACCCGCAAGACCCUAAAAUUACUCCAGAAUUGGCUUCUCAUAUUUUAGACAAUCUUGGUUAUCUGGCUCAGAGUUGCAACAUAAUUUGCCCUAAAGCCAACGAUCGGGCAAUUGCAAAAAUAAGCGAAGGAGUCAAUGUGUCUGAAACUUUUCCAGAAAUCUUAGAAUGGGCUAAGCAUGCGAAAGCUUUUCAUGACAUGUUCGGAACUGACAUAAACUAUGUCAUAAAUUUAGUAUCUAUAAGAGCAAAGGUAAAACUCUAUGAAAAAUGCUCGACAAGUAAUAAAGAUGAGAUUUUAAAAAAUUUGGAAAAUUUGUUAAUUGUAAAAAAGUUGGGAGUUCCAGCUGGAGAGGCUGAUAACAUUGUGAUUGAUUAUGCGCUGAAAUGGGUUGAAGAUAUAAAUGAUAUAAAAAAAUUUAAAGCAUUUAAAGGAGAACCAGUUAUUCCAGACCCUGAUACAAGCAAAAAAAUUCUAGAUAUUGUUAAUCAGCUAGAAGUAACCGAUGAAAAGCUUCAAGAUAGAAUUAAGCUAUUAAAUGAACUUUUCCCAAUUUUUGCUGAGCCAGUUGUUGAAGAGCAAAGCCGGCCUAUAACUCAAAGAAGCCAAAUCGCCAUGGGCCCUGCUAUUUUUGUUAGAAGUGAGUUAAAUGUUAACCAAUGCAGAAUCAUGUGGAAAGGAAAACAAACUGAUGCAGUAAUAAAAACUUAUAAAGAGCAAGAUGGGUAUAAAAGUGCUGAAAAACUUCGAAAAGAAGUAGAAAUUUUACAAAAACUUUCAGGCACAAGUCGAUUUUUCUUAGAAUUCUAUGGCUCUUUUUAUGACGAAAUAGUAGAAAACAACGUUAUAAAAUACUGCUCAAAUGUCGUUAUGGAAUACUGUCCGUACAGUCUUACUGAAUUAAUAAAAUCAAGAGCAAGCCAAAAUAAUAAUUUUACUCCAACCGAACUAAAUUCUAUUGUUCUUGACUUGUUAGAGGCUUUUCUAAGCUUGGUGAACCAUAAAAUUUAUCAUCAAGAUAUAAAGCCUGAUAAUAUUUUAAUUACGAAGGAAGGACAAUUAAAAAUUGCAGAUUUUAAUGUGUCAGGAAUCAGGGAAACUAUUGAGAACACUUAUGCGGCAACUGGAGUACAUGAUGUAAUAGGAACUGCCAGCUAUAUGGCUCCAGAGUUAAGGUAUGCUAUGAUACAUGGAAUUGGAAAAGCCAAGUAUAGGCCUGAGCGAGCUGACGUUUUUUCACUUGGGUUAAUAUUUUAUCAAUUGGCGACAUUUGAUAAUAUUGCAAGAUUUAAUGAAGAUUCUAAAAAUCGAGAAAAAGUGCUGCAGAAUGUGACAUUGCCUUGGCUGAGAGAGCUUUUGUAUGAUAUGCUGUGCUUUGAAUAUAAAGACAGACUAUCGUUUAGAAGGGCACUUAAAAAAGUAGCGCAUGAUACCACGAUGCCACUCGAUCAUAAAGCGAAAUAG